AUGGUAAGAGAUUUCGAGGGAAAUGUGAAUAACGUGGAGAAAUAUGGAGACGGGGGCGCAGACAGCCUUUCUGACGGCGAUGCGGUGGCCUCCGAACCAGCAAAGAUGGAGGAAGAUUCAGCAGCAGAUGCGCGAGCUGCUGGCGAAACAAACAACGGCAUAGGCCCCGAAAGCGCAAUGUCGGAGGAUUCUCUCUCAACCAGUUCAAAGGAGCCGGCCGCCUUUCAAGGAGCGACGCGGGAGGAGAGCCGCGAGGAGAUCCAAGGGGAGAGCCUAGAGGCGAGCGAAGCUUCGGAGGCUUCAUUCGAUCGCAAUGCGACAGACCCAUCGGCUGGGAGUGGAGACCCCGAAGAUCGCGGAGAGGCUGACGGUGUUCAGGGUCCUGAAGCGGCCUUGGGUGGACGCGAGGAAGUCAGCAGCAAGGCAGACGAGGGAAGCAGCGGAGGGGUGGAGGAAGAUGGCGUUGCGGCCGCUGAGGAAGCGUGCGACGUGAGAAAGGACGUGGAAGACGCGAGCGGCUUGAAUAAGGAUGAUCAUGCAGAGGGUGCAACAGCCGAGGAUGUUGCGGAUGUCAGCGUCGCAGCAGCUGAAGAUGCGACGAAUGUCAGCGUCGCAGCAGCCGAGGAUGCAUCCGAAGCCGAUGCGAGCGCAGACGUUGGAACCAUUGCUGAAGCUGGCGAUAGAACCGGAAGCGGCGUGGACCCAACAGACUCGGCUGCGAGCACGGGCGAAGCAAGCGUGGCGGAUGGCAAUGCGGACUCGGAUGCAGGAGCAGGCGAAGGGGCCACGGACGAUGCUGAUGAGGGGAACGUGACCUGCGAGGCCGCGGCAAACGCAGCACUUGAAGCGGAGACCGCCACGGCCGGUGAGAACGAGAACGAGAACGCGCGCGAAAGCGAGAUUGAGCCCGAGCAUGCUGACGGCCCUGCGUGCAAGGAGGCACAACCGCCGGAGGGCGUAUCCGUGCAUGCCGGUGAGGGAGUAGCUUUCGAGACAGAGGAAGGCGCGGGUAGCGCGUCGGGCGCAGAGGCGGGAAACGAAGCGCCGGCGGCGGUUACGGAGGAAGCGUCUGGAGAAACGGAGCCCAACAGCUGCGCGUCAGACAAGAAGCCCGACGCGGAAGAGGUGGACGCGAGUGACGCAGCACCUGAAGCGGCGCCAGUCGCGGCGGACAAGGCGGUGAGCUCGGUCGAAGAGGGGAAAGCGGAGGUGGUGGAGCGUACGGAGAGCGAGGGAGGGAUAACUUGCACCAGGAAUGAUGAUGAUGCGAUUGAGAGCAACGGCUGCGAGAGUGCGGAGGAUGUGGGGCAUGAGAAGCAUGAGGAUGAGAAGAGAGUGCUAGUAGCGGGUGAUGAGGGAAUCGAGGUAGCUCAUAGCGAGGAUGUAGAAGAGGUAGAGGGAGGUGGGGUGAUUAAGAAUGAUGAGAAGAGCGAAGGGGUAGAGACGAGUGACGAGGCGGGGAAGAGUGAGGAGGUGGAGAGGACAGAAACGCAAGAGAGUGAGGACCAUGAAAAUGUGGCAGAUGAGAAGGCGGGCGAAUCAAUGCAGCGCGACGCGGCAAUGGUUGAGGUAACUGCUGAAGGCGCGGUGAGCGCGGACGAAGGAAAUGGCGCAGAGAACGGAGAGGUCGCGGCGAAUGGGGAAAACGGCGGAGCGCAAGGGACAGGCGGCGAGGAAGGGCCAGGCGGAGGAAACACGGCUGCACAAGAGGCGGGAGAGAGCACGGUGACGGCGCACGAGGCGGAGAGGGCGGAAGCGACGGAAGGCGGGGAGGAGGCGGCGGCGGCGGAGGAGGCGGCGGAGGCGGCGGAGGAGGCGGCGGAAGCGGCGGAGGAGGGGAGCGCGGCGAGCGAGGGGUCAGUGGAGGAGCUGCGGGCUGACGAGGCGGAGAAGGCACACGAGGCGGAGGUGGCGGGUGGGGCGGAAGAGGGAAGCGCAACGAUCGAGGGGGCGGCGGAGGGGGCGGAAGAGGGAAGCGCAGCGAUCGAGGAGGCGGCGGAGGAGGCGGAAGAGGGAAGCGCAGCGAUUGAGGGGGCGGCGGAGGAGGCGGAAGAGGGAAGCGCGGCGAGCGAGGGGUCGGUGGAGGAGCUGCGGCUUCUGGCGGACGUGCUGGCGUUGAUGGACUCGGACGCCUCAUCCAACGGCUCCCAUCACUCCUCGUCCGCCUCCUCCGAUGGCGACUCCGCAUCCGACGGUUCAGCGGCCCUUGCUGAUGUGGAUAAAAAUGAGGUUCUUCAGCAGGCAGCAGCUGCCGAAGCGCAGGUGAAUGCUCAGGUGGAAGCAGCAGUGAAGGUGCACGUGGCGGCGAUCGAAGCGGACGCCGCCGCCGCCAUUGAGCGGCGCGUCGCCGCCAGCUUGGAGAACCUGACCGCGGAGCUCGAAGGCAAGCUGGCCGGGCAGCUGGAAGAACGUUUAGCUGCCCGAAUCGAGGAAAAAAUCGCCGCGCGCAUGGAAGAGCGGAUGGCCGCUGACGUGGCAACGCAGGUUACGGUGCGGCUGGCGGAGAUGGAGGCGGAAUGGAAGGAGCGCGCAGCAGGGGGAGCGGAGCACCCGCAGGCCCACGCGCAGGCGCAAGGCGGAGGAAAAGCUCCUGCGCAGGGGCAGGCGGGGUGGCAGAAGUGGAUGAUGUGGGGCGCGCGGGAGGAUGAUAUGCGCAAACAGGCGGAAGAGGAGCGGCGGAGGGAGAUUGCGCGCGUGAAGGAGCAGCUGGAGGAGCAGUGGGGCGCGGAGGUUCACAAGCUGCAGGCGCUCAUGCAGGCGGAACGCGCCAUUUCCGCGGAGCGCCUACAGGCGCUGGAGCGGCGCUGGCAGCGCGGGGAGGCGGAGCUGGCGGAAGGUAUCCGGGCGGCGCAGGAGCUGGCGGUGAUGAAGGUCGCGGCGGUGGAGGAGCGGUGGGGCGCGAAGGAGGCGGGGAUGCUGCAGGCGAUGGCGGAAGAGAUGCAGCGUCAGGUGGCGGAGCUCAAGGCGGAGCAGGCGGGGUGGGUGGGGCGCGUGGAGGACAUGCGCUUCCGCGUGUCCGCGGAGCUCAAGCAGGCGGAGGGGCGGCUGCAUUCCGCGCAGGAGGCGUGGGCGGGGCGGCUGGCGGAGAUGCAGGCGCAGGCGGACGCGGGGAGGGUUGCGGACGCGGGGAGACUGGCGGAGAUUGAGCGGGAGUGGGAGGGAAAAUUGGCGGAAGUGCGGAAACACGUGGAGGAGGAGAGGCGGAGGGGUGUAAAGCGGUGCAAAGUGGUGGAGGAAACGGUGGGGAAGAAGAUAGAGGAGAGCCGGCGGGCGGCGGACGCGGAACUGGAGAAGGGGCUUCAGCGCGAGGCAGAAGCGCGCAAAGAACAGGCGGAAGCCGCAUCCGCGCGUGCCGCUGAGAUCGCCGCGCAAGUGGAGGAAGCCGCGCGGCAGGCGGAGGAGGAGCGCAAGCGGAACCUGAAGCGCGCGGCGAAGAUCCUCAAGGACUGCGCGGGGAAGACGGAGGCGGUGGAGCAGCGUGUGGCGGAGGCGGAGAAGCGCAUCGACGCGGAGCGCAAGGCGCAGCGCGAGGCGGUUGCGCGGAUCCACGCGCAGUUCGAGAUGAUGGAGGUCGCGUGGGGGAAGCGCGUGGAACAGACGAAGGCGGAGGUGGCGGUUAUGCAGGCGGAGGCGCGCGCGCAGCGGCGGCGCGACGAGGAGGCGCUGGGCGCGGUGAAGGCGGAGUGGGCGGAGUGGGCGGGGGAGCUCCAGCGGCAAACACAGGCGGCGCUGGGCGACGACGCGAAGAAACUGGAGCUGCUGGAUGAGGUGCGCGGAGGGGGGAAGGGACUCGCGGGGGGAGCAAAAGGGGGAGAGGGCGGGGAUGCGCGAGAGGCGAGAGGUGGGAAGAGGGGGGCAGGUGGGGGGGGUGUGGUGGGAAGAAGGGGAGAUGAGGGGGUUGGGGGAGGGGGGGUGGUGCUGCAGCUCUUCUCCGCCCACGUGCGCGCACAGCUCGCCUCACUGCGCCAGCGCCUCGACGACACCGCCCAGACGCAUGCAGACAAACUGCGCCACCUCCACGACAACAUCGCUGCCCGCCUCGACGCUGCCCGCAAGCGGCUAGAAGACGAGCGGCGUGCGGAGGGGGAGCAGUUGCAGCAGUGGGAGCGGCUGUGGGGGGUGGCGGCGGAUAGCAAGUGGGGGGAGACAGUGGCCGGGCGGCACCGGAGGGACGCAGAGCGGUUGAGAGAGGUGCAGGAGCAGUGGAUGGGGCGGGUGUCGGCGCUGCAGAAACGAGAGGAGGAGGAGCGACGGGGCGUUGCAGAACAGCUGAAGAAGCUUGUAGAGAGGCUGGAGAAGGGGGUGGAGGAAGGGGGAGAGGAAGGAGAGGGUGGUGGAGAAGCGGGAGAGGGGGGAGGGAGUGGGGGAGGGGGAUUGGCGGCAUGGAAGGAAAUGGCUGGGCGGGAGGUGGAGAGGGUGGGGAGGGAGGUGGAAGAGAAAGGACGGGCGGAUGGGGAGAGGGUGAGUGCGAUGGAGGGGCAGUGGCGAGUGCGGUGGGAAGAGGUGGCGGCGGCUGCAGAGGAGGGCAGGAAGCAGCAGCAUGUGACCGUGCAGCAACUCAUGGAGGUGAGAAUGGUGGGGAGUAGUGGAGGGCAGGAGGUGCAGCAACUCAUGGAGGUGAGGUGUGGGUCUGGGCGAGCAACUCCUGAGGUAUCUGAUGUUGUGGGGUGGGAUGCAAUGCACGUGGCAGCACAGCAGCUCAUAGAGGCUGAGGCAGAGCGAGUGGUGGCAGCAAGAGCAGCCCUCGACCGGUACGGCUUGGGCAUAGUGCAGCGCAGCACUCUGCGUUUCUCCCACCACCCCGACAUCGCCGACACCGACGCCGCCCUGCUGCUGCAGGCGCUGCACCGCUUCCGCCCCCACCUCCUCCCCACCAUCACCGCUCUCUCCUUCAGCUGGGGCUCCCCCCCUGGGUGUAAGAAUAUUACUGGGGAGGCUCUGGAGCAUGCUGCCUGCCUGCCGUCCCUCAAGGCGCUUGAUCUUCGGUGCUGCGCUGGGCUCACGCCUGACGGGCUGCGCCACGUCAGCAAGCUGACUCAGCUGGAGCGUCUGGAGCUGUGUGAUGCGCAUGGCGUGACGGAUGCUGUACUGGCACACGUGGCGGGGAUUCCCGGGUUGCGGUUUUUGGAUGUUAGUGGGUGUGUGGGGGUGACGGAUGCGGGUAUGGUGCAUGUGGCACGCAUGGUGGGGUUGAGGCAGCUCAGGAUGACUGGAUGCCCUCAGGUGACCAGUGUGGGGGUGAGCUUGCUGCCUGGCUGUGUGCAGGUCACACGAUGA